UGAUUAUUUUUCCUCGUUCACUAGCGAAACUCUCGGUUCGCAUGCAUUCUAUCGAUAUGCUCUCGUAAAGUCGGUCGCUCGCGGCGCGAAUAUCAGCACGAGUGGAAAACAAUGAAGUUUUCGCUACUGGCGGCUUAGUAUACCUACAAAUAGUGGAGCAAAGAAGAAGCGUAUGUUUAACGAAGGACGAUUUACGUGGGCACGAAGAGAGCGCAAAAAAAGUUUGCUAUGAAUCAUCUGAGAUUCAUCUGUGUGUUCUGAGUGGCAAUAGAAACAAAAAAGGUCGGCAAGUUUUGUUUUGACAGAUGUGCUCUCGUGUUGUGUCUUAUUGCUCCCUUUCGGAAGCAGACGGCAAUAAUUGAAUUAUGUUCUGUAUGGAAAACAGCGUAAUAUAGUAAAACAGAAACAUCCAUUGGGGGCGAUUGUUCUAAAUGAAUGCGAGUGUGUGACAGUGUGAUUACAACGAGAAAAACUAGCGGAUAAAUGAAUAGGAAUAUGAAGCGACAGCUGGAGAAGUUUAAGGAGGAGCUCAAAUCGAAUUUAACCAGAUCCAGUAAAGCGGAAAAAAAUGCAGACGGUCUGCAGGAAGUCGAGCGGGAGGUUGAUCGGUACAAAGACAUCCUCCAGAACCUCAACAAGCGAAUAGCGACCAGCGUGUGCGCCGGUCAGGCCCAGGAUGCCGCCGCGAAGGAGAAACGCAUCCGGAAGGUGUCCGAGUUCCAGCUCGGGCAACUCAUGGAGGAGUCGGUAAAAGAUUUACCGCCCGGGUUGCUUCGGGAUGUACUCGAUAAGUGUGCCCGCCUGGAGAAAACCAUCGCCUCGGAAAUCGUCACCAGCGAGCUGAGCGUGGAGAAUUCGGUCAGCAAGAAUCUGAACGAUAUCAUCGAGCGCCAUUUGGCCACCAUCCACAAGCAGAAGCGAACGGUCAGCAAGUGUCAUCAGGAGUACGAGGCGACACGGCAAAAGUAUGAUUCGGUGCAACGCAACAGCGACCAGCUGGGCAACCAGGCCAAGCUAACCCAGCUCAAAGACGACCUGGAGGAACUCCACAACAAGCUCGAGAAAGAGCGAGACUUGUACGAGUCGUACAUGUACGAGCUGCUGGCGGAAGAGGAGAACAUCGCUAACUACGUGAAGGAAUACGUGAAACACCAGGAGCUGUAUUACACUUCCGCCCUGCGGGAAAUCCAGAGCACCAUCACCGGCAUGGAUGGGUUGUUCCGACGGAACAAUAAGCAAAUCUUCAAUACGCCUCUGCGAGAACAUUUGAAGGCAACGGACCGCAAAAUCGCUUACGUCAUUGAGCUGUGUGUCUGCUGUCUGCUGGAGAAAGGCCUCUACGAGGAAGGACUGCUGAGGGUUGGCUGCGCAUCUUCCAAGCUGCGCCGCAUGAUAUCCGCCAUUAAUGCGAAUUACGUGACGCCCCCACUAACGGACAAGUACGCCGAUCCGCACGUGACGGCCGGUGUACUGAAGAAGUACCUCCGCAGCCUACCGGAUCCGCUGCUUACGUUCGAAUUCUAUCCGCAUUUCGUGGCAGCUGCGCAGAAACAGAACGAAACCCAACGGAAGAGCGCCAUCCUGAACAUCGUUAACCAACUGCCGAAGGAAAACUACGAUAAUCUGCGGUACCUCACCAAGUUCCUAUCCUACCUAUCGGAAAAGAACCAGGAGAAUAAAAUGUCCCCCCAGAAUAUAGCGAUAGUGAUGUCGCCAAAUCUGCUCUGGUCGCCGAAUGAAAAUGAGAAUUACAUCGACCAGGUUAACAGUACCGCGACUGUGAACACUAUCGUGGAAGCACUGAUCGCGGAUUGGGGAUUUUUCUUCGAAGGUGACGUGAAUUUUUACGUCAGUAUGACUCGAGAUUCGCUGUAUCCGGACAAUGGUGGGUUCCCGGUGGACAAGGAAAUGCCGGUGAGAAACGUUCCUAACGAUUUGAUGUCGAAGUCAAUGAUUGUCACGCCGAUGGGUAGCCAAGAUGAGGUCAGGUAUUAUAACAGUGGCGGAGGAAGCGGCGGUGGUGGUGGAGGGGGGACAUUCAUCACCAACUCGUACAAGCCAUCGAUGUCACAUUCCCGCAGCAGUAGUCACGAUACUAGUCUUAUUCUAAUCAAUAGCAAUGAUCAGCUCAACAAGCAUCGGAGUCAGUCGAACAGUUCCCUUUCGGAUCAUUCCAGUCCGCCGCAGGAAAGCAGUCCCAAGCCGACGGUCCGAAGGAAACACAAUAAGCAAGCGGCUCCCACCCCGCCCGAUAGCCACAGCAAAAACAGCAAUCAUUCUUCGCGGGAGCACAACAAUAAAUUUCAAUCUAGUUCGACAUCUUACUUUAAACAGAUGAACAACAACAGUUCCGGCAGUGAUCGAGAUCGGGAUCGAGAUCGAGAGGACGAGGGAUUCCAGUCUCUGCAGCAUCACGCGAUCAAACAGGCCCAGCAGGAAUACGUCAGUGACCGACAGCCAAUGGUGCGAGCCGAAAGUCAUGACAACUUGUUGAAACUGAAGGUGACCGUAACGGGAGAAAAAAUACCUCCUCCUCGGCCGGCUGCGGUUAACAUCGGGGACACGCAGACACUGAACCGCAGCAACAAGGGCCAACACCAUCACCAGCAUCAUCACCAAAAUAACAAACUACCAAAUGCUCCCAAUUGUGAUAAUACUAGUAGCAGUAUAGGAAAUAAAGAAAAUAAGGAAAAUCACAGUCGACCCACGUGCCGCCUCCCGAUCAAACCGGUGGCUUUGCCGAGAACAACGAUAGUGGUGGCUAAAACGCCAACACCCACUGGGCCGGGACCGAACGCAAAUAGCAUAGAUGAUGACAACAGUAGCGCAGCUGUAGCUACCAUUAUUCGCGAGAAACCGGUAAUCCCAGAACGACCCGCAAUUCUGCUAAGGCCACAGAGCUUCAAGGGUUCCAUCCCGGAGAUAUCCAAGGUUAGCGAGGGCACGAACACUGUGAAUAGUUCGCUCAAAAAAGCCCAAAGCUUUCGGGGCGAGACGAGCAAUGGUGCCCACAAAGACCCCGGUAUGACGGUGCUUGAGCGGACACAAAUUUACAACAUUGACAAACAACAGGUUGCCAUCAUCGAUGUGGGCGAAAAGGGCGAGGAAAGGGCCCGGAAAGAUAAAACUGGUCCCGUCGGUAGCUCAAACCUAACCAUAACAACGGUCCAGGAAGGGAUUCCUCCCCUAGCGAUGAUGGAGUCUACAGGUUCGCUUGGUAGCGAUCUACAGUCGCCAACGAAUCCGGUUGGCGGCUCGACGGAGGAAGCGAACGAUCUGACAACGGCCGCAAGCAACGCAACAAACGCUGGCGCCACCUCAACUACAGCUACUGCAACUAGUCUUCAGCACGUGCCGCAAUCGCCUCGUGGCUUCGAUCAGGCCAAAAUAAAGCGACCGCAGGUUCCAGCUCCGCCUCCACCGGUGGGACGACCUAAAUCCUCUGACUCAACCGAUUUAUAACAACGCGAGAUACUGAUCUAAUCUAAAAGAAGGGUAUUUAUAUAGGAAAAAAUGGAUUAGAAAUCCAAGAUGCGAGGGCGGCUGCGAACGAGUUUAAUUUUUGUUAUUUUUUUGCGUCACCUGAAUGGUGAUAAAAAUGUACAGCCCAGCAUUUAUUUUACAGGGUCAUCUCGUUCGAAAGGAAUGCUGUAAACGCGUUAGUGAUUCAUUUGCGUGUUGCAAUAAGAUGGCUUAUAAUUAAUACAAUUAACCAAAACACAGAGAGAUAGCAAUAAUCAACUGGAUAAAUUAAAAGAAAAGCACAAAAACCAAGUUUCCUCGUUUAACACUGCAAUUGUUUGAGUCCCACUCGCUCAGUCAGAUAAUUCUUAAUUAAAUCUAAUCAUUUUAAAAAUUUUAUUGUCCCGUGCUUUUAUUUUCGUGCAAAACAAUAGGGCAUUCUAGUUGAGUUUGGCGAACGCAGUUUUGUCUCUGUCUACCGUAUAUAUUAUAGCCAUAUAUUCUCCGGUUGGACUUGCAGUUCUCGUUUUACAAACAUGAGGUAUCGCGAGUGAGACAAGUGCUUUGGGCUAGCUUUGGAAACACACGCUGUGGAUGCAAAUACAGAAAUCCGUGUUAUUAAUCUUUUUGUUUGCAAACCAGGAUUGAAGAAUUGCGUUUCCGAUCGGGAAAGAUGUCUUGAAGGUAGUGAAAUAGUUCGCUGUAAUCAUAAACGGAAGUUAUUUAUCAGUUUAGUGAGUCUUGUGAUAUAACGUAACGAGGAACACUGUUGAUCCAUGCUGAGUUUGCGGGUAUUGAAUACCUUAUUUAACUGCUAUUCGUGCUCAAAGAAUUCUGAUGUCAUUAACGCUUUUCCGAGAACUAGUUGAGAAAGUGUCAUUUCGCCGAGUUUGAGAAAUAAUAUACCUACGCGGAAUUCAUUAAGCAGUUUCGUAAUGAUAAUGAUUUUUGCUCGCUAUGAAUAUGGGCUAAGCUGACUACCAAUCAUGUACAUAAUAUCGUAUCUAUUAUAUUAUAUUCAAGUCAUCCAUUCACAAAAUGAAGAUAUCGUAAAUAGAAA